CUCGAGCAAACAUCCGGUUUAAUAGGUUUCCGGACCGUUCGUAUUUGAACAACUGAGCUGGAAAAACUUGGUUCAGCGGACCUCUCCCUUACCCACAAAUUUUCUUGGUUUCAAAAUGCCGUUAUCCACUAUCCCAACUGCAUUCAGCUUACCAACUGCUGCCCCUUCUGUUCUUCAACACAAGCAGGUGAAUUUGAAUUCGAACUUCGGGGGCUCAAGAAGAGUGGCGAUGAACAAGAUUGGUAGAGAUGUUGCGUUUGGUGUUAGGUCAGUUUCUUCAUCGAUUCCGUUUGAUGUGCCGUUUCCUGGUGGUUAUGAAGAACUUCUUGAUCAGGCAAAAGAAGCAACUCAGAUAGCUUUGAAGGAUGGAAUACAGUUGAUGGAGAUUGAGUUUCCAACUGCUGGGCUGGAAUCCGUGCCAGGCGAUGGUGAAGGUGGUAUUGAAAUGACUGGAAGUAUGCAAUUGAUUCGUGAAUUUUGUGACCUUCUUGUAGUACCAGAAAAGGCUACAAAAACCAGAAUAUUUUUCCCAGAGGCUAAUGAAGUUCAAUUUGCAAGAAAAUCAGUAUUCGGAGGUGCUUCUUUCAAGUUGGAUUAUCUAACAAAGCCCUCAUUUUUUCAAGAUUUUGGUAUUGUUGAAAAGGUUAAAAUGGUUGAUCGUGUUAAGGAAGAAGAUGAACUGUUCAUAGUCGGCUAUCCUUAUUUCAAUGUCAAUGAAAUGCUUGUUGUGGAAGAGCUUUACAGGGAAGCAGUGGCAUCCACUGCUAGGCAGAUGAUCAUAUUCAAUGGGGAACUUGAUCGUAUCAGAUCAGGCUAUUACCCAUCAUUCUUCUAUCCAAAACUUGCUCAACUUUCCAAGACUCUUUUUCCUGUGAUGGAAACUGUGUAUUACAUCCAUAAUUUCAAAGGUCGCAAUGGGGGAGCCCUUUUCAGGUGUUACCCGGGCCCAUGGAAAGUGCUAAGGAGAUUGGGAAGUCGAUAUGUGUGUGUGCAUCGACAGGAAGAGAUGCCAACCCUCAAAGAGUCCUCUUGUGGCCUCGCUUUCACCUUCUUCAUGAUUCAUACAUUGGUUCACUGGUUUAAUUAUAUGCUAUAA